AUGGAUUUUAAAAAUCCUAUCAAAGUAUUUAAAUUGAAAUAUUUUAGAAGAGACUUGUGUAAAAAAUCAAAUUAAACUAUGUGCUCCUCAAAAUUAACUUUAAGAGGCUGAAAUAUGUAUUCCAAUUCAUGAAGAUUAAAUAAAAAUAUCUGAUGAACAAUAUAAGGAUUAAUUUAUAUAACCUUAUUAGGGUUGUUAAAGUUUCUAAGCUAAAUGUUAAUCAUCUUGCAUUUAAUGCGAUAAUACUGGAUGUGGCUGUUAGACCUGUAAAGUUGGUUACAGGAAAAUUGACAAUGUAUGUUAGUCAAUUUGAGGAGACUAAAUAGUAACAGAAGGUGAAGAAUGUGAUGAUGGGAAUUUAAAUUUUGAAGACGGAUGUCAUUAAUGUUCUUUAAAUUGCCCUAUCUCAUGUUCACUUUGUUUAUAUGGUCAUUGUAUAAGAUGCAAAAAUAAUCAUAUUUAUUUUAAAAAUUAAUGUUAUGAAAUACAAGAAAAAAUUAUUAUGA